UACCUUCCUCCGCCUGUCUUAGACAUCUUGGAUAACAAAAAGAUUGAGGGGGCGAAGCGAGCUGCCAUGCUCACCGCUGCAUUAAAAUGGGCCCUCGACCGCGUGCCCCUUACUAUGAUACCCGUGCAAGCGCGUCCUGCUAUGCUGUUGCUCAAGGCUUUCACGCCGUACCUGGGAUAUGUCGGUGGCUACGUAGUAUGGAGCUGGAGUGCCGUCAAAAGCUUCGAUAAAGGUCACGGUGUUACCCUAACGGCGACCUGGCUAUUAACUGUCGCUGUCAUCCCAGGCACGUGGGAGGAGAAGAACUUUCCCCAAGAC